AUGGCAUUGGUCACCACUUUGGUCAUCACGUUGGUCAGCACUUUGGUUACAGCAUUGGUCAGCACAUUGGUCACCACCUUGGUCAUGGCGUUGGUCAACACGUUGGUCACCACGUUGGUCAGCACAUUGGUCAGGUGCUUGGUCACCACGUUGGUCAUGGCAUUGGUCAGCACCUUGGUCAGCACCUUGGUCAUGGCAUUGGUCAACACGUUGGUCAACACGUUGGUCAACACAUUGGUCAGCACUUUGGGCAGCAUCUUGGGCAGCACUUUGGUUAUGACAUUGGUCACCACUCUGGUCAUCACGUUGGUCAGCACGUUCGUCAACACAUCAGUUAACUACUACACAAUCACAUACAACAAUUAA